UAGACUUUCAGUCCUCAGAGAAGAGGUUUAUAUAGUUGUCAUGCCUAGGAGCUGCCUUGUGAUAACAGGAUUUCUACUCUUCAUCGUACCAACAGUUUCAGAAAGGACCUGCAGAGAUAUUCUAGAUGCUUGCAAGAAGUCUCUAAGGUCAUCCCCAACUGUUAACGUCACAAAUGAGCGAUUAUCUUAUAGAGACCACUGCAAAACCGUUGAAGAUCAUAAUAACGAAUGCAAUUUUGUAGGCUGCUGGAAAUUAAUCUAAAAGCUCUCACUGAAGAAACAUACGGCUGUCGAGUUAUCUUCUCUUCGUGGUCAGGAUGGCGAAGAACAGCUUUGUGCUAGCGGGACUUUUGCUUGUCUUCCUAAAAAGUGUUUCAGGAACAAACUGCACAGCUAUUUUAAAUACUUGCAAGACUACUUUAAGGCCAGUCUCAGAUUCGUUGAUAGCUGGGUCGUCAUCAGAUAAUAGAACCGAAUGCGAAAUCAUCAACCAUGAAGAAAACGAAUGCAACUUGUACAAGAACUUUCAGGACUGUUUGAAGAACACCGAGUUUUCAUGUUACAAUGAUGUGGAAAUUAGAAGCGAAUUAAAACGUAUUGAAGAGGAUAACAUGAAGUGUUGGCAAGGAGGACGUUGUGACACUAAGAUCAAGCAAUGCUUUUGCAUCACUGAUACGGAAAGGGUAAAACCUCUUACUUCACAGUCCAUCACCAAGACAUGCAAGAACAUAGACAGUCUUCGAGACUGCUUCAACCUUAUCAAGCAAUGUGGUCAUUCCACAGAAAUGCAAGAGGCCAUUGGAUUCAUUUACUUGUUUACAACAGUGUGCAAAUUAGAAUGUCCCGGCACGUUCCAAUGUUUUACUGAUUACGCCGAACUCCUUAGUUCUUCGUCUGAUAUUUCCGACUUUUCAGCUAAUUAUGAAAAAAUCUGCAGGGAUACAACAUUUUUCCAGUGUCUGUCAGAGAACACCAAAGCAUGCAGUUCCAGUCUUUCUAAUAAGUGGCAGCAGGUUGACAGAAGUCUUCAAACGUUGUGUUCAGCUCCAGUCAAGAUGUGGGACGAUUUCUCAAACUGUUCGAGCCUACAGAGAUGUUCCUAUGAUGCAGUCGUGACGAAGAACAUCAUAGCUGAAGACAUAAAUGAUGAAUCAGUUAUCCUGGCAAACCCUGCGGCGGUUAUGGACGCUUUCGUCAAUCCUGGCUGGUGGUGUUCAUAUUUGACACAUGCAGCAGGAUGCGUGAUACUGGAGGCUGAUAAAUGCUCCCUCAAUGCAACAGAAAAAGAGCAAGCAGUGACUUUAAAGGCUACACUAGAUGGACUAUGUGAAGAUACUGAUGCCAGACAAAACUGUACUUUGCUUCUUCACGCCUGCAAUUCAUCUCUCAAAUCAGAUGCACAGUUUGGUGUCCAAACCCGCCAGUCAAUCCAGUUAGUCCAGUGCCACGUCAUCCAGUCUGUGGAAACUACCUGCUCUUCUUUUGAGAAACUGCAGUCUUGUGUUAACAAUACUUUGUUGCCAAAUUACUGUGAAGACGAUCCUGUGAUCAGCAGUCAAAUAAGUAAUCUUCGACAGUCUUACAGUGACCCUUGUUCAAAAGACACCAUGUGCGCCAUCGAGCUCGUGAAGUGCGCGUGCACUGCUGACAUCUUACACUCCGCCAGCAUGUGCAAGAGUAUAGACAUUUACAAGAACUGUGCAGGGAAGAUAAAAGACUGCGAUAAAAGUACACAAGUGUGGCAGUCGCUGUCAAUCACAUUUAAAAUGUCAGAAGGAGCGUGCAAAACAGAGUGUCCUAGUGCUUUCACUUGUUGGAUGUAUGCUGAAGAUCAAGUCGACUUCCUGUUCGGCAGACUACAUUCAGCUGUUGAGAUAUUUAAAAGCCAGACUUGCAGGAGUCUUGCGACUCAGUUCCAGUGUCUCGUAAAAAACACCAGUUCAUGCAGUUCCAGCCUCAGUCUUCAGUGGCAGCGGGUUGAAAAAAGCUACGAAGCAGUAUGCUCAAUCUUUCAGCCAAACACAACAAACACUUCUUCCUGUGCAAGUCUCAGGACUUGUGUUUACAAAGCUCAACUGGUAUCGGAGGUCAGCCUUGAUGACCUCAAGUCGAUGGGCGUUGUUUUGAUUCACGCUGCAGAUGUCGGAGAGGCCAUACUUGAUCCAAGAACAUGGUGCAGGGUUCUAAUACACACUAUGGAAUGUAUGGAACAAGAAGCUGACAACUGUUUGCUGACAACAGCAAUGAAGGCAAAGGUUGCAGCUGCCAAUGCCACAGUGAGAGGUUUAUGCAAAGCAAAGGCGAAGGAGCGUCUGUCAUCGUUUGCAGUUAGUGGGUACGGAUUGAUCAGGUAGAAGUGGAUAAUUAAGUAUUCAAGCCACUCACUGGGUACUGUCGAUUAUGGUGGACAAUCGGGGUAAUCCAUGUUCUUCCGAUUUUUAAAACUUUUAUUUUGUUCUGCUAAAAAAAUGCGCCUUCUCAAAUUAGAAUGGCCAUCAGAACAUUUUUUUUAGUUUUCCUAAGUUUCUUUCAGGAGCACACUAAAGGCAAGAAGGUACAACUUAAUGUCCUUACUUCACACGCUGUGGAUGUAAGUUGUCGUGAAAGACAACAUUAUUUAUUUCCAGUCUUGUAGAUAAACAUCCCACUUAUCAACUAAGCAAGGUAAAAAACGUUUUAUUUAGUCACCAUCUCAACACUUCACAUAAACACUUAAAAUAUAUCAUGAACAUUCAUAUAUUUGUUUAUAGAUAUUAGGAACAUUUUCAUCGAGUUUUAGAGGUUGGGAGAUUUUUUGUUAUUUCUAUCACAUACUAUUGAAUUUCAUCAAAACACUGAUUAUGAAGACCAUUUAGGAAUUUCAGGAAUAUUUUCUGCCUGCUUUACCUGCAGAAUAGGAAUCUGUCUGUUGUGCCUGAGGGACUUGAAGAAUGACUGACGCCAUCAUACCUACUCUCAUCACAUGCUGAGGAUAAAGAGACCUGUGGUCCGGUGUCUAGGUGCAUCAUGACUGAGAAUAUCUACAUUUAACUCGCUGCUCGCUGUCAGCUACAAGACUUUGGAUAAUUUAAUCUUUUCCUGCCUGUCAUUAAUUAAUCCUCUGUCAUCUGUUACCUAAAGUCUAGUGAGACGAAUGGCCAGAACGGAUUGAGUUGAAGUAUCAGAUACAGUGACGGAUGUAUUGUCAAUAAUAAAUUUGAAAUUAGAAAAGUCUGUGCGUUUGUUC